AUGUCAGAAAUGAAUUUAUGGAUUGCGUAUGUAAUAGUAGGCGCACCUUGGGAUGACAACGGCGCAGUAUACAUCUACAGCGGUGACAUAAUUUCAAACUUGGAAAUUAAUAUAAAAGUCCAAGAAGUCAGAGUUAAAUCAACGAUAAGAACCUUUGGAUUUUCACUGUCCAACCCGGUUGACAUCGACGACAAUGGAUUCCCUGACAUUGCUAUCGGAGCUUACUUAACUGGACAUGCUUUAGUACUUAAAAGCAGACCUGUUCUAAAGACAGAAAUAUUAAUCACUUCACGGCCUCGAACUCUGGAUCGCAAUACCACGAAUUUCUUGCUGACGAUCUGUGUAGCACAUUUUCAGAUUGGCAAACCGACUUUGGAAAGUUUCAAUCUCAAGAUUAGUGUUGAUGAAACUUUUGAACGGGUCAACGAAACUAAAAAUUCCCUGGAGCAUAUUUCUAAGUGGGAUGAUACAUUAGUUACUGUUUGCUUUGAUAAAUAUUUUUACUUACUCGAAAGUAAUAAAAAUUUUGUUGAUUCUAUUGAAGUUAAAGUUACUCAUGAAUUUAAUAAUAAAACAAUUUUAAAAAAUGAAGGUGAAGUUAUGUGUGAUUUAUGUCCUAUUGAAUACAAAGGAGUAGAAUCAAUUACUGGAGAAUUGAAUAUUCCAUUUAAUAUCGAAUGUGGAUUAGAUGAAGUUUGUACUUCUUCAAUAUCUUUGUCUGCUAAUUUUACUGGAGUAAGUGAGCAAUUAACUUGGAUAAUUGGAUCCAAGGAUAUAAGCUUGGAGAUAAUUUUAAAAAAUGAAGCUGAGCCGGCUUAUUUAACAACUAUCAGUAUUGAUUUACCUCACAAUAUUUAUUUAAGUAGUGUAUUACCCUAUUGUAAUGAGAAUACUGAUGGUGAAAUUGUUAAAGUAACUUGUGAUGCAGGCAACCCGUUAACUGGAACUCCGAGAGUAAUUAAAAUUGACUUAGAUAUGAGUCAAUUAAAUGACGGAGGUUUGAAUGGAACUACUUUGGAAUUUAAUAUAAAAGUAAAUACACGAAGUCAAAAUAAUGGAGAUCAACAUUUAUCACGAUCAAUUUUGUUGUUAAGCGAAUUUGUUUUUGACUUACAGGGAAAUGCACAUGAUAAAAAUUAUUAUUAUUCGACUGAAGAUAAAUCAUCAUCGAAUAUAAGCUUCCAGCAUGCUUAUCAGCUUAAAAAAAUUGGUGAAACUCCGAUUUUUAUCUCAGGAAAGUUAUAUAAAUGUUCUACACGCGGAAUAACACUGAUGAAGAAAUUAGUAAAUUACACUCCUGUGAUUUUGAAAGAAGAAGAAGAAACAUAUCAUUUAAACGUCAAUGAAAGUAAAUCGUUGAAUUUAAAGCGCGACAUAGAUCAGUCUCCCGAGAAGUUGGUACCAAUGAUGAUCUCAAAUUUCCAAUCUCAGCCGGAGAUAAUGAUUGAUGUCAAUGCCCCAAGAAUAUACUUGAAUUGCACUUCAACAGAUGUUGAAUGUGGAAAAAUAACUUGUGAAAUUGGUUCUCUAAACAGUGACCAAGAUACCGGGGGGCUGCAAUUAGACUUUUCAAUCAAUCCUGUCUUGUGGAAUUAUACUCAAAAUACAGAAGCGCAAGUAAUUUUUACAACAGAUGCUUGGAUUGAUGUUAUUAAACCAACAUUAGAAGAAAUAGAAACAGCUAGUGGUUCCAAUUUAACUGCUUACAUAAGCACGAAUAUUUAUAAAAUUGAUAGUAAUAAAAAUAAAUUAGCCAGUAUUUGGAUUAUUGUUGGUUCUGUAUUUUUAGGACUACUUGCUGUACUUUUAUUUUCAUUCAUUCUAUACAAAUGCGGAUUUUUCAAGCGUAGUAAAAAAGAAGAGCUUGCAGCGCUGAAAGAUGAAACCGACAGUAUGUCAGAGCCAUCAGAGUUAUAA